GGUGCUGUGACAGUGAAACACUUCCGGUUUGAAUCAGCUGUUAAACAACAACACGAAGGAGUCACGUGUUCGAUUCUCUUCGUUCAGGUAACAUCAUGUUUGUCCUCCGGACCGCGGCGCUCAGCGGCAGAGCUGUGACCGCCCUGAGGAGCCUGUCCGCCGGCUACACGACCUCCAGUGUUCCCGCUGAGUUCAUCCAGGGCCAGAGCCCGGAACCACGGAUCCGAGAGUACUUCUACUACAUAGACCACCACGGACAGCUUUUCCUCGAUGACACUAAAGUGAAAAACUUUGUCACCUGCUUCAAAGAUAAACAGUUCCUGGUCUUCUUCUUCAGUCGCCUGCGUUCCAACCAGAGCGGGCGAUACGAGGAGGACUUCCCCUUCCUGUCCCUGUGCGGGAGGGAGAGGAACUUCCUGCGCUGCGAUGACCGACCUGUGGUCUUCACCCACCUGAUGCAGACUCCCGCAGGGCCCCAGGGGAUGAUGGGAGACCAGGAGCUGCUGUCGUACUGCGGCGGAGCGGAGAAGCUGGCCGUCCCCUUCCGCCCUGAGGCUCUGUACAUGCACCCCAUCAGCGGACGAGUGUAUCACCCCUGCUCUGAGCGCUCGGGCGCCGUUGGCCUGGUGAGGUCGGCUCUGGCCAUCGAGCUCAGCCCGUUCUUUGUGUAUCCCUCAGAGCAGAACCAAUCAGAACAGCCCACACACUUCCUGUGGGGAGGACGGAAACACACGCUGACCAAUGAGCUGGCAGGAGGCUACCCCUCGGCAGAGGAGGGCAGCGGGCAGCAGGGAGACCUGGGAUAAAUGGAUAACAAGUACUUUAAGAAACAUUCUCCUGUUCAUCCACAUACAUCAGGACCACAGUGUCCCACAUGGUCACGGUGAGGUUGUUACUGAGCGAAGCUUCGACUGACGUGUCCUGAGAAGAGGAAUGUCGUUCACUGACGACUCAGAGAAUAUGAAGCAGAUUUCAUCGGUUAAAUCAGUGAUAAGAAACAUUUUGAACUAGAUUUUUCAUCAUCAUCCAUCAAUAUCUCCUGGAAAAUGGUGAAAAACAUCCUCCUCGUCUCACAAUGCUAAAGAAAGUGAAACAAAACCUUGAUACACACGCGAACCACAAACUUCCAGGAAAUGUUGUGUUGUUUUCAUGUGAUCUUGCUUAAAAACAAAUAGAAAAGUAGGAGAACUUGAUGAAGGUAAAUAUAAAACUGAAGAUAAAUCUUACGUUGAAUAAAUAAGAAACUGAG